CUUAGUCGCAGAUAAGAUACAAAAGUUUCGCCUUGCGCUUUGUUUUCUUCGUCAGCGAGGAUCAUUCCGUGGCUGUCAAAGGGGUGGUCUGACAAGACUCACCAUCCCCGUCGUUCACCUUCGCUUGAGCGGCGGCAAAAGUCGUGUCCUUGUUCAGUUCAAAUUUCUCGAGGCGUCGUAUUUGGCAACUAGUUCUUCCAAUCAAGUAACUAAUAUUGGUUACCGACCGUUUAUUCGUCUGGGGGUCAUUUGUACCGUUCCAAGCCCUGGUGACUUCCGGCGAGAGCCGUCCUACAAAACUUCUGCGCCUACUCAAUAUUCGACGGGAAGAAUUUGAAAAUUCUCGAUUAGAGGUGCUGUGGCGUCUCAACAGGUACGGACUGCAGCGCAACGAAGGGCUAUCAGAGGAAACUACCGAGAAUUUAUUCUUACUCAUUUGCAUAGCCUGUAUACAUCAUCUAUGGCGUUUCUCCUCGUUUCGCUGCGUUGAUAUUCUCGACGCCACAUACCUUGCGCCCAUCGAACUUGUCUACAAUACGCAUCGCUCUUGUCUCGUCUGAGACCUCCGCUUUUGUUGAAGGACGGAAAGCCAUAGUUGGUGGACACUUUGUCUUUUUGAUCUAGAUUAUACUGGGUUAUCUCUGUCAAGAUGGAUGGAAGCGUGGUUGAAGGUAUUUCUACCUCUCUCCAGACCUGCCCUCCUGAUCUUCAAGGCCUUUACGCUCUCGAAGAUCUUCCAUCUCCCCCUUACAUACAUCAUCUGCAUGUGAAUGAUCUGGGGCUUACACCACCCCCUGGGUCGCAGCCACAGAAACCUGUCGAUGCUCAGGUGCUCUCCCAGGAAGAGGACCAUAGUUCGCCGGACGGCGGUGAUCAAGGAGCAUACACUAGCAACCAGUCUUCCGGGGACCAAAAGACUAAACCUUCGGCGGGAGGUAUUGGCUCGUCCAAAUCACCCGUCCAAGAUGUUGACCCUGUAGGUUUCGCUGCUUCGACUGACACCGUACAAGCACUGUUUGACCCGCUUUUCGAUUCUGAGGCAGUGCUUCGAGAGCUUGAUGCGACCUUUGCGUCUCGAAAACGAGCUGGCGAUGAGGCUUUCCCGGAGCUUGAUAUGUGGGGUCCACCAGAAAAGAGACGACUAGUCGAGUUACAACAAGACCACUAUGUUCCUUCUCCUGGUGAAACGCCUUCAUUGUCUUCUCCCAACUCUUCUCACCAGCCCGAACAGGGCGGAACCGCUCCUCAUACACCAGGAAUAGAGAGGCUACCGUCGCCCAAUCCACUAUUUGACUCUCUGGAUGCCCUGUUUGAGGAUCCAGAUUUCAAUAUUCCUUUGAUACCCGAUAACGAGCUCUCGCCCGAUUUCGAACUUGAGCCACCCCUCGCACAAGGCGACCAAGUCAGCCAUGAACCGUCAAAUCAUGAACCGGCAGACAGCAUUGAAAACGACCAACAUCCCCUUGAGUUCCAUGCGGAUUCGAUGCCAAAGGAGCCUUCUGUCAGCGACCUUACUAAAGACCGAUUUUCUCUUGACUCUUCAGAUUUGGCGUCUAAUACUAGCCGAGAAAUCCUACAACGAAUUCAUCAAGAACCAGAGUACACGUCCCCUUAUCCAGAACAUGGAGGACCACUAGGUUAUCUUCCGUCGGCACCAAAUAUCCACGUCCGAUACAUUGAAGUUGCAGAGGAUCGAAUGAACUAUCGCCUCUCCAGCCUGAAGGAUAGGGUGUACCAUCUCACCUGCGAGCGUAACAAGUACAAAAACGCCUGGUUUCAGUGGACUACUAUAGACCCUGUGACGGGCAAGACCAGAGAACAACUGCUGCGCGAGGAGAAUGCCAUGCUUCGACGUGUUUCCAGCCAACACCAGAACCGUGUAGAGCAGUACAAGAGAGAGGCGGCAGAGUGGAAAAACAGGCUACAUGAGCUUGGCACUAUCUAUAACAACCUUCUCUACGAGAUCCACGUCCAGAAACAAGUGCCUGCGGUUGCUCCAAUCCCGGAUUCAUACAAACCCCCACGUGCAUCGCAAGCCCGGGGACAACCUCUCACGCCGAAUUCGCACCCCGUUACUCCGGCGCCCUCAGGAGACAUGCAGCAUGUUAGGCAAGGCUCUCAACCCCUUCCGCCCCAGGGUAUGCCACCAGGCGCGUCUGGUAUUCAUGAGAAUCAGCAAUCUACUAGUUCAGCAACAGAACACGGGUCGACUCCAGUCACGAUUGAUUUGACGGACGAGAUGGAGAACAAAUCCGCUCCCUCGGAACCCCCUACAGAAGGAGACCAACGCCGCAUGGAGAUGCUCCGGUCCCUACGAAACAAAAGAUAUGGCUGGCUCGAGGCCGGACAGACCGGGCAUGAUUUUCGUACCUCGAGUUCGCAAUCUCCACGACCUCCGCAAGACACCGGUACCGUAGUUGAGCGGAGUCACAGUGAUCCUCCGGAUCAUACAGCUGCCCAGACCGGUCCCAUCGAUGAUGACGACGAGUUAGCUCGUGCGAUGGAAGCGGAACUGGCCGAAGCUUAAAAGAUUAUGAUACCCCUUCUUAUUCCUUUAAAAGAUUUCACCAUUGUAAUCGAAGCUUGCAUAGCGACUAGGGAAACCUGCAUAAUUAAUUAACGUGAAAAUCUGACAUUGUUUCACUAUG